AUGACCACAUCUUCAACUUCCACUGUUGCCUCUACUGUGUCAACAACAAUCACCCCUGUUCGAACUACUACAGUUCCAACAACUACAAAAGGGACCUGCUCCAAUGGAGGACAAUGGAUAGGAGAUGGCUGUGUUUGCCCUGAUGCAUACACAGGAGAGCGAUGCCAAUUUCUGAUCAAUGUCUGCCAGAAUGGAGGCCUCUGGGAUGGGCUCAAAUGCCAGUGCACCAGCCUCUACUAUGGACCAAGGUGUGAGGAAGUGGUUGACAGCAUUGAGAUAGACCAGACAGUCUCUGCCGAAGUGGAACUGACUGUGACAGUCACUAACCAGGUGUACCACGAUGAGCUUCAGAACCGGUCUUCUGAGGAAUUUAAAAAGUUCAAUGAGACAUUCUCAGAACAGAUGAAAGAGAUUUAUUCUGGAAUCUCCGAGUAUGAGGGGGUCAACAUCACAGAGCUGAGGCCUGGCAGUGUGGUUGUGAAACAUGAUGUCCUCUUGAAGACCCAUUAUACCCCUGCAUACAAGGAAAUAUUCAAGCAAGCCAAACAGCAGGUGGAAGAAAAAAUCCAGAAUGCAACCAAAACGCAAACGAGCAACAGCACUAAUUACUGCGCAACCUUACUGUGUUUCAACUCAACUGCCACUGCGGUGCAAAAUAUUACGGUUACAGUCAAUCCUGAAGAGGAAUGCCAAUCAGCUGGCAAGGAGUUUGCUGCCUACUUCACGCCAGAAUACAAGGAUGGCAAGCUGUACUGUGUCACUCCCUGCAUGUCCGGCUUCAACACCUCCCUGGACUGCCACUAUGGCAAGUGCCGGCUACAGCUCAGUGGCCCCCAGUGCUUAUGCCUGACGACAGAUACUCACUGGUACACUGGAGAAACCUGUGACUGGGGUGUCCAGAAGAGCCUGGUGUAUGGGCUCCUGGGGGCAGUGGGUGCAGUGUUGCUGGUGGCCCUCAUCGUCGUCCUGUUGUUUUUGUUCUUUUUCAAGAGAGAAGUAAAAAGGCAAAAGUCCAGAGUGACUCAGUUGGACAAGUGGAAUGAAGAGGACGGCAGACCAGCCCCUGGGACCUUCCAAAACACUGGUUUUGAUGUCUCUGAAGAUCGGGAAGAUUACAUUCACGUGGACUCUGUGUACAGCAACUUUGAGGCUUCCCUGAGCCACAUCAACCCUGAGACAAAGAUCCAUAUUCAGAGGCCCCAGGUGAUAACGACAGCAUCGUAA